CCUCAACAGUGAAGAGUUCAGUUGUAAACAAGUGAUCAGGACUGAAAAUAAACAGAUGCUUAAAAUGUUGUAGCAAAUAGCAACUAAAAUGGCUGAUAGUAGCUAUAGUGAUAUUAGCUUUGAAAAGAAAGAUGAAAAUCAGAUGAAAAUAGAGACUGUUAGUCCUACUCACAAUAACAGAUUUUCUUUCUCACGGACAAGUAGCACAGGCUCUAUACCACAAGGAUGUAUGUCAUCAGCAUCAUCUGCACAUAAUACAGACGACGAAGACAGUGAUACAACAAAGCAAACAAUGACGUAUAAAGAUCGUCGACGUGAAGCACACACUCAUGCUGAACAGAAAAGGAGAGAUGCCAUUAAGAAAGGGUAUGAAGAACUACAGAACAUUGUUCCUACUUGUCAGAAUACAGACAGUGUCGGUUCACAGAAACUCAGUAAAGCAACAGUUCUUCAAAGAUCCAUUGAUUACAUACAGUAUUUGGUAUCACAGAAGAAAAAGCAAGAAGAUGACUUGGACAAUCUAAGGAAAGAGGUCAUGGCUCUGAAAAUUAUGAAAGCGAAUUAUGAGCAUAUAGUUAAAACUCACCAGAACCAGCCAACUCAUGGACAAAAUCAAGUUUCUGAUGAAGCAAAGUUUCAAGUUUUCCAGCAGAUCAUGGAUACUUUGUUCCAGUCGUUUCAUGCCAAUGUGUCAGUAUCAAACUUUGCAGAGUUGUCAGCAUGUGUGUUCCAAUGGUUGGAGGAGUAUUGUAAACCACAGUCUUUGCGUGAUGUGACAGUCGCCAUUCUUAGACAACUGAAUCAGUAGACAGGAUGUUGUUGUGACAGGACGUGAUUGUGACAAUACUGAUAAUACUGUAAAUAAACACAUUUACUUUCAUGAAACAUUUAUUGUUGAUUUUAUUUUGCACAAUACACAUAUUUUA